AUGACAUACCUGGGCAUCGUUCUGGAUGAAAGGUGGUCCUUCGUGGAACACUUCCGCCGGCUGUCCGAAAAGGUCUCCAGGGCAGCUGGAGCCCUCGCGUCGCUCCUCCCGAAUCUCGGGGGGCCGAGCAUCGGCUGCCGACGGCUGUACAUGGGUAUCAUCCGAUCGAUGGUCAUGUACGGCUCGCCGAUCUGGGCUUACCAUCUCUCGCCCCAGAAUCGGCUCGUACUCGGACGGAUACAAAGGGUGAUGGCGACCCGGGCAGUGCGUGGCUACCGCACCAUAUCCAAGGAUGCGGCAUGCCUGCUCGCGGGUAGCACACCCUGGGACCUCGAUGCUCAAGCACUUGCCGACGUAUUUUGGCGUUGCGCAGCGGUCCGCGCGGAGGGAAGCAACCCUUUACCGGACGCCGUACGUCGGUGGAGGAGCUCAGCAGAGGAGACGGCACUGGAGACGUGGGCGCAGCGACUAGAGGAGCCUACUGUGAGCAUUAACCUUAUAGAGGCGAUCCGCCCCUUAUUCAGGGAGUGGAUAAAGCGCAGGCAUGGAGCGCUGACCUUCCGACUCACACAGAUGCUGACCGGGCAUGGCUGCUUCGGUCGGUAUCUGUGCGAGAUUACUGGAAGCGAACCGACCGCAGAAUGUCAUCACUGCGGUGCGGACCGGGACACGGCCGAUCACACACUCACGGCGUGUCCCGCUUGGUCGGAACAACGAGCGGAACUCUCAUCCAACAUCGGUGAGGACAUAACGCUCCCAGCGCUCAUCAGGGCCAUGGUGAGGAGCGAAGAAGAGUGGACAGCCGUCGAGACAUACGCGCACAACGUCAUCUCGACGAAGGAGGAGGCCGAGCGCGUGAGAGAGCAGGCGGCGCUCGAACUCCCAGGAAGAAGGCCGAGGCGGAGACGUGUCGCUCGUAAUGGCCACGACAUCCCGCCUUAG